AUGGCUGCAAAAUGUCGUUCACAAAAUGGUUCUAGGAUAAUGUCGCGGCUGCCCCAAGCACAGGAAAAAAAAAUGUCGCACUCCAAGCAUGCCAAUGUCGCCCGCGCAAAGCGAGGGCAAACGCAACUCUCCUCUCCUACCAUUUCUCCCAACAUGAACAUGAACGAUCCAAACUGGCAAAAAUUGUCUCAAGAAUUGAGACGCAGAGCCGCGAAAGCCCGUACUGGUGGAGGCUCUCCUCCAAGAUCUCCUUUCGGCAUGUUUGCCGGAGUCGGCGGCCUUUUACUUUUGGGUGGAGUAACCAUGUUUGCCCAGAAUGCUUUGUUUAACGUUGACGGUGGACAAAGAGCCAUCAUCUAUUCUCGUUUGAGCGGAGUCCAACCCCACAUUUACCCUGAAGGUACACAUUUGAUUGUUCCAUGGUUCCAAAGACCGAUUGUGUAUGAUGUAAGAGCAAAACCCCGGAAUGUAUCGUCAUUGACGGGAACUAAGGACUUGCAAAUGGUGAACAUCACGUGCCGUGUUUUGUUCAAGCCUGAUCUCUACCAGUUGCCCAACAUCUACCGUACUUUGGGCCAGGACUACGACGAGAAGGUUUUGCCGUCGAUUGUCAAUGAAGUUUUGAAAUCUGUGAUUGCCCAGUUCAAUGCGUCGCAAUUGAUCACCCAGAGAGAAAAAGUGUCGAGAUUGGUGAAGGAAAACCUCGUGCGCCGUGCUUCCAAGUUUGACAUUUUGUUGGACGAUGUUUCGUUGACUUUCAUGACAUUUUCGCCCGAGUUCAGUGCCGCUGUCGAGGCCAAGCAAAUCGCUCAACAAGAUGCGCAAAGAGCAGCUUUCGUUGUCGACAAGGCCAUCCAAGAGAAACAGCAGGUUGUGGUGAAGGCUGCUGGUGAAGCCAAGUCGGCCGAGUUGAUUGGUGAAGCCAUCAAGAAGUCCAAGGACUAUGUUGAGUUGAAGAGAUUGGAUACUGCCAAGGAGAUUGCGGCAAUCUUGGCGAACUCGCCUAACCGCAUUUUGUUGGACAACGACACUUUGUUGUUGAACACGGUUGUGGACGCCCGGAAGUAA